GCUCCACGCAGUGAACGAGAGACAGAGGAAGAGAGCAGUUCUGGCCCUUGGUAGACUAGACCUCUUCUAACUAUGCGUCCUUCGUCUACUAGCCUACUGCACAAUAAAUAACUCUAGACUCAGGGACAAAGAGGACAUAGCUACUGACCGGUCUACUGCUGCAUGGAGGCAUCUGGGCAGUGCGUGCAGGAAUACAGCUCCAGCUCAAUCGGACCUCUCAAAUGUUCCAGGACGAAUAGAGAAGAGGAGAGCGGGAGCGCAGCGGAUGAAAGGAAAGGAAAUAUUUACUACGUUGACUCACCGCAGUUACUCCGCUCUGGGGAAGAGAGAAGAAUGGAGGAAUGAGGAGAAGAGACGGUUAAAGUGUGUUAUGUCAGAGGUGCUGCUGAUGGAGUUAUAAAGGAUGGAUACGUGUUGUCAUCUAUUCUAUGAAAUACAGCGACGGGUAGAGAGAGAGAGCUUUGCUGGGUGAUAAUAUUCAUCUGACAAAGACAUCUGCCGUUAAACUACCCCUCUGACCGCAAUAAUAGCCCAGGCUGCAAAGAGACCUCGGCAUAGGCUACCUGAUCUAACGAGGAACCGAGUCGGUGUGACAUUAGGGACAAAGACGAGAAGAAGGAACUUCCCCAGUUUCUCAGCUACAGGUCAACAACGGAUCACAUCGGCUUUCAUCCCUCCCUGAACCACUCAAAACCGGAAUUAAGAUUCAACGGCUGUUGACACGCGCGCUUUGUGGACGGUUCAACCAAAGACAGGUCUAAACGAGGAUCUGAAGACAUACUGGACAGAGGGACAUGUAUCUAACAUCGACCUCAUAUGCACCCGACUAACAAACACACGAGCCACAGAAGAAAGCGAUAGAUAGCGGCUGCUCCCCUGCCACGCGCACGGCCGGUCAGACUCUCUCCUCCGCUCGCUCUAUCUCCCGGUUGUGAGGAUGACUGGGGUCGCGUGCUUGAAGUGUUACCUCUGGAUCUUUAUCUUCGUAUUUAGGUCGAUGUUACCUUCUGACGCCAAAUUACUGGAAACUAUAAUGUGGAGCACUCAGAAUGCCAAGUUCCUGUCAGGUAGAGGGGUGGUCAUCUACCCAGAUAUCGGGGACAAGCUGGACAUUAUCUGCCCCAAGGCUGAGCCAGGACGAGACUACGAGUUCUAUAAGCUGUACCUGGUCAGGAGAGAACAGGCGGAGGGGUGCAGCACGGUCAUGGACCCCAACGUACUGGUCAACUGUAACAAGCCAGAGAAGGACAUCAAGUUCACCAUCAAGUUCCAGGAGUUUAGUCCCAACUAUAUGGGCCUGGAGUUUAAGAAGAACAUGAAUUACUACAUCACAUCCACGUCCAAUGGUUCAGUCGAAGGCCUGGAGAACAGAGAGGGAGGAGUCUGUAAGACCAGGGCCAUGAAAGUUGUCAUGAAGGUCGGACAAGACCCCAACACUGUUCUACCAGACCCUGUAUUACCAGAGGAACCAGAGAGAGAGAGCGACAACAGUCUGGGAGGAGACUUCAGUCCUAGCCCUGAGGACAACCUGCUGCCUGUGGCAGGAGAGCCAGGCAACACUGACUCUAUAAACCAGGACAACAGGUCAGGAGGCUCCAGCAGCAGUGACGGCAUCCUGGGGUCAAAGGUCGCUGUGUUCUCAGCCAUCGGAGCCGGCUGCAUCAUCUUCCUCCUCCUCAUCCUCUUCCUCAUCAUCCUGCUCAUCAAGAUGAGGAAGAGAUCCCGGAAGCACUCUCACGCUCAGCCCCACCCUUCCGCCCUGUCACUCAGCACGCUGUCCAAUCAGAACAAGCUGCCUGGCAGCGGGAGCACAGCCGGGACGGAACCCAGUGACAUCAUCAUCCCGCUGAGGACGGAGAAUAACUACUGCCCUCACUACGAGAAAGUGAGCUCUGACUACGGACAUCCUGUUUAUAUCGUACAGGAGAUGCCUCCGCAGAGCCCAGCAAACAUUUAUUAUAAAGUCUGAGAGAGGAGGAGAGAACAUUUAUUAUAAAGUCUGAGAGAGGAGGAGAGGAGAGAACAUUUAUUACCAGGUCUGAGAGAGGAGGAGAGGAGAGAACAUUUAUUACCAGGUCUGAGA